AUGGCUGACACCAGAGAAGAAGAAGACGUGGAGCACAGAAAUGAGAAAUUUGUCGACCAGUUUUUGCAGGCUAUCGACUUGGAGAAGAAGUCUGACAUUGAAUUGACUUCUGAACUACUUUCCUCCUUGUCAUACAAAAAGUUGGCGCAGAGAGGGUUGGCAAUUAUCAACUUGACCAUUGAUAACAUUAAAACUGGUUUGAAUGGCAGAAUACUAAUUGAAUUGAGCAACGAUAAGGCUUAUUCGAAUUCAGCUUCAAUGGGUGAUAUUGUCAAACUCGAAAAGUUGAACGUUUCUGGCUCCAAAUCUGUCUCAAAGCUUAGCAGCAAGUCUUCAAAGAAUAAAAAAAAUGCAAACACUACCAACAAUAACAAUAAUAUUGAUAAUGAUAUCGAUCAAUUUUCAAUUCAAGGUAUUAUAAUAAGGUUUAAAUCAACUUCAAUAACGGUAUCGAUUGAUCACGAUAACAAUGAUUUAAAUAAUAAAAAGAAUAUUGAUGAAAUUUUAUUGAACUUAUCAAAUCAAAGAUUGUGGCUAGUUAAAGUAUCAAACUCAAUUACCUACAAAAGGAUGAACUUGAUUUUAAGUAAAAUGAAACAAUUAAUGAAUACAAAUUCUUUUAAAUCUUCGAAUUUAAUUCAACUAAUUAUAGGGAAUUCAAAGUUUAUACCUCCUUCCUCAUUGGUUUUAAAUCUGUCCUUAUCAAAUUUAGAAUUUUUGAAUAAAAAUCUAAACGACUCUCAAAAAUUAGCCAUAAAUUUUUCUCUCAACUCAGAUUUAUCCAUUAUCCACGGUCCACCAGGUACAGGAAAGACUUUUACACUAAUUGAAAUUAUCUAUCAAUUAUUCUUAAAAAAUCAAAGAAUUUUGAUCUGCGGUCCCUCAAAUAUUUCUAUUGACACUAUUUUGGAAAGAUUGGUUCAUAUAGAUCAAAUUCCAAAGGAUAAGAUUUUAAGAAUCGGCCAUCCAGCAAGAUUAUUAAGUUCAAUUCAAUAUUAUUCAUUAGAUUAUGUCUCCAAAAAUUCAAAUCAAGGUCAAGUUAUUAGUGAAAUUUAUAGUGAAAUCGAAUCUACUUUUAAAAAAAUUAAAAAAUCGAAAAAUUAUAACGAAAGAAAACCAUAUUAUAGUGAUAUCAAAUCUUUAAGAUACGAUUUGAGACAAAGAGAAAAAAAAGUAUUAAAUGAAUUAAUUUUAAACUCAAAAAUAAUCGUAGCCACUUUACAUGGCUCGGGCUCAAAAGAAUUAAUGAAUCUAUAUUUAAAAAGUUCAGAUACAGGCGAAUUUAUCAAUCAAAAUCUAUUUGACGCUCUUAUUAUUGACGAAGUAUCUCAAUCUUUAGAACCUCAGUGUUGGAUUCCAAUAAUUUCCCAUAAAGAUUCAUUGAAAAAAUUAAUUAUAGCUGGCGAUAAUAAACAGUUGCCCCCAACUAUAAAAUUAGAAAAAAAUGAUAAAUAUAUGAAGUUAUUAGAGACAACGUUGUUUGAUAGAUUAAUUAAAACUCAUAACUCUGAUGAUAUCAAGUAUCUAUUGAAUACUCAGUAUAGAAUGAAUAGCCAAAUUAUGAAGUUUAGUUCGGAAUUCUUGUAUGAAGGCAAGUUGAUUGCUGAUGAUUCUGUUAAAGAUCACUUGGUUUGUGAUUUGCCGUAUGUUGAGAAAAAUGAAGACACAUCUGUUCCUGUCAUUUGGUAUGACACUCAGGGAGGUGAUUUUCCUGAGGGAGAGGAAGAUCUUGAAAAAGUUGAAAAUAAAAACGAUAAUAAAAAGAUUGAUUCCAUAUUUUCAUCAAAAUAUAAUGAAAAUGAGGUCAAUCUAGUUUAUUAUUAUAUUAAUUUGUUAAUAAAAUCAAAAGUUUCUCAGGAAUCUAUUGGGGUCAUUUCACCAUACAAUGCCCAAAUCUCAUUACUAAAACUCAAAAUUCAUUCUAAUUAUCCUGCGAUCGAGAUUUCAACAGUUGAUGGUUUCCAAGGUAGAGAAAAAGACGUUAUAAUUUUAUCGUUGGUCAGAAGUAAUGAAAAAGCAGAAGUUGGGUUUUUGAAGGAUGAAAGGAGACUAAAUGUUGCCAUCACAAGACCAAGAAGACAGUUGUGUGUGAUUGGAGACAUGGAGACAUUAACAAGAAGCAAUAAUAAAUUUUUAAAAAAAUGGGUGAACUGGGCAGAAGAAGAAGCAGAAAUUAGAUAUCCUGAUUUAUCUGAAAUAUUGCAGUAGGUUUUUUUCAAUAAAAUAUAUAAAAGCCCAAAAUAAAUAUGAUAAUAAUAAAAAACAAAUGUAUUUAUUUUCAAGCUCAAAAGUUCUUGAACUAUAUGAAAAAAGAAGAAAUGAAUAAAACAUAAAAACAAAAAAAAAAUUAAAAAAAUAUAAUAGCAUCU